ACUGAUUAAACAGAAAAAAACAGAAAGGAGUUUGAGCUAACGACACCCACGAGAAAAGAAACGCCGCGCUGUUGGGACAUUUCAAUGGGGAAUCGUUGCAUAUAUGUUUGGACACCAGAAAGUUCACGCAAAGGAGAAUUUGCGAGAGAAAAAACUGGAUAUUAGUGGACUCGCGCUGCGGUGGAUUUGAUCGGUCCUUAAAGGAGACGCGCAGCACACUUUCUUUUUACCCUGAACUCUGAGAGUUGUAAUGUCUUGAAGCAGCGUCCGGCCCUUUUGAAGGAUGUGCAGUGAGUGCUGAUGGAAACUGCUGCUCCAAUAUGAGUGUUCAUGAUGUUGGUGGGAGACGACGCUUUGAAGACUCUGAGUUCACCCUGCACAUCUACCCUGGGGUCAUCGCUGAGGGUACCAUCUACUGCCCUGUCACUGCCCGCAAGAUCACCUCAGCCGCGGAGGUCAUCGAGCAAGUCAUCAACCGGCUGCAGGUAGACCGGACGAAAUGCUAUGUUCUGGCGGAAGUAAAGGAAUUUGGCGGGGAAGAAUGGAUCCUCAACCCUACCGACUGUCCCGUCCAACGGAUGAUGCUGUGGCCUCGCAUGGCCCUGGAGAACCGCUUCAGCAGUGAGGACUACCGUUUCCUGCUGCGCGAGAAGAACCUCGAUGGUUCCAUCCACUAUGGCAAUUUACAGAUGUGGCUUCAAGUCACGGAGAAACGACGACGUAUGGUGGAACGUGGCUUCCUGCCACAACCCUUACCGAAGGACUUUGAUGACCUUUGUAACCUGCCGGAUCUUAACGAGAAGACCUUGCUGGACAACUUGCGUAGUCGCUUCAAGCAAGAGAAGAUAUAUACCUAUGUUGGGAGUAUCCUCAUAGUCAUCAACCCCUUUAAGUUUUUGCCCAUUUACAACCCCAAAUAUGUCAAGAUGUACGAUAAUCAUCAGUUGGGGAAGCUUGAGCCGCACAUUUACGCUGUGGCGGACGUGGCUUACCACACUAUGCUGCAGCGCAGGCAAAAUCAAUGCAUUGUAAUUUCUGGCGAGAGUGGCUCAGGCAAGACCCAGAGCACCAACUUCCUCAUCCACCAUCUCACAGCUCUCAGCCAGAAGGGCUUUGCUAGUGGAGUGGAGCAGAUCAUUCUAGGUGCUGGGCCAGUGCUGGAGGCUUUUGGCAAUGCAAAAACUGCUCACAAUAACAACUCUAGCCGUUUUGGCAAGUUCAUCCAGGUGAACUAUCAGGAGAGUGGCACUGUGAGAGGGGCAUACGUGGAGAAAUACCUGCUGGAGAAGUCUAGGCUCGUCUAUCAGGAACACAAUGAAAGGAAUUACCAUGUGUUUUAUUACCUGCUGGCAGGAACGAGUGAAGAAGAGCAGACAGCGUUCCACCUCAAAAAGCCUGAGGAAUACCAUUACCUCAAUCAGAUGACAAAGAAACCUCACAGACUGCACUGGGAAAAUUACUAUGAGAACGAACCGCAGGAUUGCUUCACAGUGGAAGGGGAGGACCUUAAACACGACUUUGAGCGCUUGCAGCUGGCGAUGGAGAUGGUGGGCUUCCUCCCCACCACACGCAAACAGAUUUUCUCUCUGCUAUCAGCUAUCCUUCAUUUAGGGAAUAUCCGAUAUAAGAAGAAGAUAUACCGGGAUGACUCAAUUGAUAUCUGCAAUCCUGAAGUUCUGCCCGUAGUGUCAGAGUUGCUCGAGGUCAAGGAGGAAAUGCUGUUUGACGCCCUGACAACGCGGAAGACGGUGACAGUGGGCGAAAGGCUGAUUGUCCCAUACAAGCUGGCUGAGGCCGGCACCGUACGGGACUCCAUGGCUAAGUCUCUCUAUAGUGCACUGUUUGACUGGAUCGUGUUCAGGAUCAAUCAUGCCCUGCUCAACACGAGGGACUUGGAAGAAUCUGCCAAGAUCUUGUCCAUUGGAGUUCUAGAUAUCUUUGGCUUUGAAGACUAUGAGAACAACAGCUUUGAACAAUUCUGCAUCAACUUUGCCAAUGAACGGCUUCAACACUACUUUAACCAGCACAUUUUUAAGCUGGAGCAGGAGGAGUAUCGCGCAGAAGGCAUUGCCUGGCAUAACAUUGAUUACAUCGAUAACACUGGCUGCAUCAACCUCAUCAGCAAGAAGCCCACAGCACUGCUCCACCUUCUGGAUGAAGAGAGCAACUUUCCACAGGCCACCAAUCAGACCCUGCUAGACAAGUUCAAACGACAGCAUGAGGGAAACGGCUAUAUUGAGUUUCCUGCAGUCAUGGAGCCGGCAUUUAUCAUCAAACACUAUGCUGGGAAGGUCAAGUACAGAGUGAAGGACUUCAGGGAGAAGAACACAGAUCACAUGCGGCCAGACAUCGUUGCGCUCCUCAAGAGCAGUAAGAACGCCUUCAUCUGUGGUCUGAUCGGUAUCGAUCCAGUGGCCACCUUCCGUUGGGCUGUGCUCCGGGCCUAUUUCAGAGCCAUGGUGGCCUUCAGGGACGCUGGCAAGAGACUUGUUGGUAAACGAUGUGGGCAUGAUGCUGCUGCUCCAGUUGUGAAAAUUGUGGAUAGCUUUAGUUUUCUGCAUCACCCUGUGCAUCAGAGAAGCUUAGAGAUCCUGCAGAGGUGCAAAGAGGAGAAAUACAUCCAGCAUGUAUGCCUCUCGGGCAGCCCACCGCUUUCCCCUCACUGGAGCUCCUGUUCUGAACACUUGCACCCCAGCACGACAUCUCCAGCACAGAGUACGCACUCAUUUCUCUUGUCUUCUGAGGACAGCGGGCUCACGAUGAGUCUGCUUGAUGGAGGUGUGAACCGAAAGAGUCCUCGCACGCUACUCUCCGAUCUGCAGGGCAGCAACACACUCGGUCAACGGGACGGCUGGAAUGGGCAUCUUGGUAGGCAAAACCGUCUGUCCUCCGGUGGAUCUUUCAGCGAUGAGGACGGCAUCUUCGUCAACUCCACCAACAGUAAACUCCUGGAGCGAGCCCACGGCAUCCUCAUGAGAAAUAAAAACUAUAAAAUGAAGCCAAGUCUUCCUAAGCACCUGCUGGAUGUGAAGUCACUGAAGUACCUGAGUAACCUGACGUUACACGACCGCAUCACAAAGUCCCUUCUGCACCUUCACAAGAAAAAGAAACCGCCAAGUAUCAGUGCCCAGUUCCAGGCCUCUCUCAAUAAGCUAAUGGAGACUCUCGGUCAGUCGGAGCCGUACUUUGUGAAAUGCAUACGAUCAAAUGCUGAAAAGGUUUCUCCGCUACGUUUUCAUGAUGGCCUGGUCCUGAGACAGCUUCGCUACACAGGCAUGUUGGAAACCGUGCGGAUCCGACAGUCUGGUUACAGUAUCAAGUACACAUUUCAGGAAUUUGUUCGACACUUCCAUGUGCUGUUAGCAGAGGGUACCUGCGCCACAAAGGACGCUAUCCGACAGUACCUGUGCCAGGUGGAUCUCGCUCCUGAAGGGUUCCAAGUGGGCCGUACCAUGGUGUUCCUCCGUGAAGUGGAGCGACAGCGGCUGCAAGACCUUCUCCAUCAGGAGGUACUGCAUCGGAUCAUUAAGCUUCAGCGUCGUUUCAGAGCUCUUCUAGAAAGAAAGAACUUCCUCACAAUGAAACAAGCUGCCUGCCAGAUACAGAACUGGUGGAGGAGCUGUCAGUCUAUGCAGAGGGAUGACAUUAGUGUCCAGCAGGAGGCAGCACUCUGUAUCCAGUCAGCCUGGAGAGGCUUUAGAGAGAGGCGUAGACUCUCACUUUGGAGGGAAGCGGCCGUGGAUAUCCAGAGAAGCUGGAGGCUGUAUCGACGGGGCCGCGCAGCCCUCAGGAUCCAGACUGCCUGGAGGAGGUACCGGGCCAGAGAGCUCUACCUUCAGCAACGUGAGAUCACUAUCCAUCUGCAAGCAGCAAGUAGAGGCUAUCUUGCGAGGCAGAGGUUUAGAGAACUUCAAGAGCAGAGGUUAAAAAGCACUGAGCUACCAAAUGGACAAACUAGCCCAUUAUCAGAAGAGGAGAAGUGCAGAGGCAUGGGUUUGAAUCGAAGCAUGUGGGGAAACUCCUACGAGGAGCACGACAGGAACACACAACCCCUCGCUGGUGCAAUUAAAGUAUCUGGAAGUAAUACACCAAGAGAAACUUUGGAAUUGUUGGAUCCAGAGACGAAAGGGGAUAAUGUGCAACCAACAUCUGUAGUGACAAUCCGAGAGCGACCUCAGACUCUAGAGGACCCCAAUCAGAGGACACGGGCCAAACGGGAGACUCGACGAAUGCGAGAACUAGAGCAGGCCAAAUUUAGCUUGGAACUUCUUAAGGUGCGGUCCACCGGUGGAGCAUCUCCAUCGGAAGAGAGACGCUGGUCGAUGGAGCUGGUCAGUGAGAUUGCUCAUUCUCCUCUGGGUACCCCAGACAGCCAGAGUUCCAAAGGCAGCUUUGAGCUACUCAAUAUAGAUGACUAUCUCAAAGACAGGGCACCUUCUGCCGAACCGGAAGACCUUGGUUUUCCUUUGUCUGUGCCGGAGCAGCAUGAUGUAUUUCCCAACAUUCACAAGCCCGUUUUGCCCUCUGACACUUCGGAAACUAUUGUUUUGUCUGAACCCACUAGCAAACCAGAAGCUCCCAGAAUACCAAACUCUCUCCCAACCUUCUACACCCCACCAUCAGAAAGAAGCUCUCUAUUUGUGAAGUCUUGUAUAGAAUCUGCCACUCCACGUCCUGUUGGCUCCGGUAAGCCUAUGAAAGACAAGGAGUCCAAUCGCAGGCCAGUGGUCGUGGUCAUUAGUAUGCAAAAGGAAACCUUGUUAAAUGAAUCAGAUGUGAAGCCUCCAGAGGUCCGAGACAGUGCCGCCCAAACAAGUGAGCCACCCAGCCCAGUACAGCCCAGCAGUGACAGUCUUUAUGUGAUGGAAAAGCUUGAGAAACUUAACGAGGAGAAGGAAGAGCGACAGAAACAUCAGCAGCAGCUAAAUGAAAAAGAGAUGAUGGUGCAGAUCCGUCAACAGAAGCACAUCCUGGAAGAACAACGAAGGUAUUUUGCCCAAUACGAAAGGGAGAUGUUUGAAAAGCAGAGAUUUGAGGCUCUGCAAAGGAUUGAGCAGAGCAGACAAGACAGUUCUGGAAGAAAGCAGGCCAUGGACAUAGGUCUUGCUCUCAUAGCUCAAUCAGAGCCUGACCUCACCUCCCAACCUCACGUCCCAGGAAAUGAAGUUGCUCCUUCAAUAUUCAAAGACCAACAAAUGGACACCCGAAAGGUACCUGAUGGGUGGGCUCCAAAAUUGACACUGGAUUCUAGAGGGGAUGAAACCAGAAAGAGAAUAACAAAGAUGUCCACUCAGAAUGCCAACAUUAACAUGACUGAGAGGUCUGGAAACAUAUUCUUUUCUCCAAAGACCAAGGUUUCUCCCUCAAAGGUCGAUAACGACUUAGCCACUCAAGGGAAAACACCGGGAGUCCAGAAUGAAAUAACCCUCUUGGAUUACAAGUCAACAAAGGGUCGUGAGGUCGGCCGACCAGGUCGUAAAAAAGCCCACAUGGCACGAACACGCUCCGACUUCCUGACCCGCGGUUCAAACGCCCUGGGUGAGGGGGAGUCAGAGGAAGAGGAGUAUGAAGAGACCCCUCUGUCUCCUGGCACACCCCUCCCCAAACAGGACUCGGAGGAAAGCGCACUUGAAGUUUGUCACAGUGACUCUGAAAUGCUGUCCACGGCCAGUGAAGAACAGAAAAACAUUUAUAAAGCCAUGUUAUCUGGAGACCUGGGCAAAAUUGACACCAUGAGGAAGAACUCCGGAGAUGGAAGGGUACGUGGUAAAAUGCGUUUCUGGGCAAAGACAAAGCAUGGAGAGAAGAAGCCAUCGCGAGAGCGGCUGGUGUGUGGCGGUGAUACUCUUGAUGGAGAUGACACUGAAACUGCCCUUAUAAUGGAAGAAGGAGUAGAGCGCCUUUCCCCUCCUCGAAGCCCAGAUUUGACCUUACAGAGGGAGUUUAAAGAGAACAAAGAGCUGUCCCCUAAAGUGAAGCGGCGACGAAGUGUGAAGAUUUGUAAUGUGGCUCUAGAGCCCGUCCAGUGGCAGAACGAUGCACUGCAGAUACUCACAUGUGCCAAUGACUACAGGAGCAUGAAUGACUUCCUCAUGAAGAAGAUCUCUGAUUUAGACACAGAAGAUGGUAAGAAAGACACAAUGGUGGAUGUUGUGUUCAAAAAGGCACUUAAGGAGUUCCGCUUGAAUAUCUUCAACUCCUACUCCACAGCUUUAGCUAUGGACGAUGGAAAGAGCAUUCGAUAUAAGGAUCUCUACGCCCUCUUUGAGCAAAUCCUGGAGAAGAACAUGCGUCUGGAGCAGAGAGACUGGAGCGAGUCGCCAGUGAAAGUCUGGGUCAACACCUUCAAAGUGUUCCUGGAUGAGUUCAUGACGGAGCAUAAACCUCUGGACAGCGGCAUGAGCAAGGCCCCUAAACCAGACCGCAAGAAGAGAAGGAAGAAGGACACUGAUAUUGUGGAGGAACACAACGGCCACAUCUUCAAGUCGACUCAGUACAGCAUUCCUACCUAUUGCGAGUACUGCUCAUCCCUCAUCUGGAUGAUGGACAAAGCGUGUGUCUGUAAACUGUGCCGGUAUGCCUGUCACAGAAAGUGUUGUCAGAAAAUGACCACCAAAUGCAGCAAGAAGUUUGAUCCUGAGCUAUCGGCAAGGCAGUUUGGUGUGGAGUUGUCCCGUCUCACCAAUGACGAGCGAACGGUACCUUUAGUGGUAGAGAAACUCAUCAACUACAUUGAAAUGCAUGGCCUCUAUUCAGAAGGCAUCUACAGGAAGUCUGGAUCCACCAAUAAGAUAAAGGAGCUGAAGCUGGGUCUGGAUACAGAUAUAAACAGCAUGAAUCUGGAUGACUACAAUAUUCAUGUGAUUGCCGGCGUUUUAAAGCAGUGGUUGCGUGAUUUGCCUAAUCCUCUCAUGACCUUUGAACUGUAUGAGGAAUUCCUGCGGGCCAUGGGUCUGCAGGACAAGAAAGAAGUUAUUCGAGGUGUUUACUCUAUAAUUGACCAGCUCAGCAGAACUCACCUGAACACACUGGAGCGACUCAUUUUCCAUCUGGUCAGGAUUGCCCUGCAGGAGGAGACCAACCGCAUGUCUGCUAAUGCGCUGGCCAUCGUAUUUGCUCCCUGCAUCCUGCACUGCCCUGACACCAUCGACCCUCUGCAGAGCGUUCAGGACAUUGGCAAAACCACAGCGUGUGUGGAGCUGAUCAUUUGCGAGCAGAUGAAUAAGUACAAGGCCAGACUAAAGGACAUCAGCACUCUGGAGUUUGCAGAGAACAAAGCCAAGAGCCGGUUAACAUUCAUCCGUAGGUCCAUGGGUAAAGGUCAAGUGCACAGGGUGAGGUAUCAAACACCAUCUCCUCCAGUGAGCCUGCGACCUCCGACCGCUCCAGAGCUGAUGCAGGAGAGUGGAGAGGAGGAAGCCGGCAGAGAUCCGGAGGUCUCUGAGCAACAGCAGGUCGCCAUGCAGCAGGAAGAGAGAGUUCUGACUGAACAGAUUGAAAACUUUCAGAAAGAGAAGGAGGAGUUGACGUUUGAGAUGUUGGCUCUGGAGCCGCGAGCCUCAGAUGAUGAGACGCUGGAGUCGGAGGCCUCUAUAGGCACAGCAGACAGUUCUGAAAACCUCAACGUGGACUCUGAGGGAGCCGCCUCGGACUUCUCUGAGCGAGGCCCAGCACUGGCCUCCUCGAGGCCCAAGAACACAGAGGGCAAAGUUAGACGAGUUCUGCAUAAACAGCCUGUAUCCCUGGACUCUGUAGACUCAUUGUCGUCUCCCUAUGUACACCCAGCCACACGAACCCGCAAGUUACGUUUCCGUUCCAAAUCGCCUUCGUCAAUAAGACUGUAUAUAUCCAGUCCGCCCGACAGCCUGGACCAACCCGAGGAGGAUGGAGAGGAAAGACCGCAGUUCACCAGCCGCGGCACUUUCAACCCAGAAAAAGGCAAGCAGCAGCUCCAGGGUGCCAAGAGCUCCCCUCAGAGGUACCGUGAACCUGGUGGAGGCCAGAAGAGGGACCCAGACUUACCGCCCCAACAGAUGGUGGUGUACGGCAACAACGAGUUCAUGGUAUGAAGGUCACAAGGUAACACGUCCAUCCCCCCCGCUCGCUCACUCGAGUUCACGUUUGCUGCAUUAUAGUCCUUAAGUGCCAUUUUGCCUUGAAAUGAGAGCCCUGGGCUCUGCUGAAAAUGCCAUUGUCGAAUCUGUGGGUGUAUAUGUGUGUUUUCCGUUCUCGGGAACGCAGAGCAAAGGGAAUGCUUUGGAAUAUUCUCCUCUGGACUUUGGCAACUUCAUGACUGUGAUUUAGGAGGUCCAAAGGCAAGACAAGGAGGCAAAGCCAUUGACAAAGUCAAUGAUUUAAGCUAAACCAUGGGCUGCUUUAACGUUUACAAUGUAGAACCAUGACAGCAGCAUUCGCCACGAUGUUUUUGCCCCUGAAGCCUAUUUAAUAAAUUGUAUUUACAUGGAGUAUAUAAAUCUAUAUAAAUAUAUUAUGUGAUGUAAAAUUUAUAAAGCCAGAGCACCAGUUGACUGCUGGGUUGUUUAUUUCAUAUAUUAUGGUUUUGUGUGAAUGAAGUUUGUGCUGCUUUUUGUGUUGUGCUUGGAGGGAAAUGGUGCCAUUUAAAGGGACCAAGCGAACUGGUGUUUUAAUGCCAGAGGAUACCAGUGCCAUAUGAAGACUCUUCCAAAUCGCCAAAUAGUGUAUUACAUUACCUCUAAACAAUCAUCAACCAAACCAUUGUUUGGAUUCAUUAAGACUCAAAUCCAUGUUUUCUUACCUGUUUUGUUUGCUCAUACCUGCCUCAAUCAUGUUCUAAGAAACCAGUGUUAAUAUGCAAAACUGCAGCUACAAGAUCACGUUGUUACUUGCAUUAUUUUAAAAAACGUCAUUAUCAUUUGUCUGGAAAGUCUUUGGAUCAUUCACACGAUGCAAACGUAAAGUUACCCUGCCAGAGGACAACUUGAAUAUUGCAAACGGUCUCUUUUCUCUGUAGACACUUCUUUUUCAAAGGGCCGUAUUCAAUUGAGUGUCUUAGUAAAGACCAAUCAUUAAACUGCUUUAUUAGCAGUGUUGCCAUGGAAAUAUCUUGGUUACCAUAUUUUGACUCUCUCCAUCACUAGCUAUUGGUGUCUCCAUUUAACUGUUCAAGAUGCUAUCAUAAUACCUUUCGACAUUUAAUCGCACAGAAUAUGUUAAAGAUAUCUAUAAUUUAAUGUUCACUAGUUAAAAUGGUCAUUCUUAAUAUCGGCAAAGCAAUAGCUACUAGUGACAAUGCUAAUCCUUUAUAUCAAUAAUUACGUUUGCGCUAGUAAAAAUGACAUAAUUACUCAUGCAAAUACCCAUUCUUUAUCAAAAUGUCAUUUUAACUAGUAAAAUGUGUAUUUUUUAUAUCUGUAAUUGCGUUUUCACAAGUAGAGUUUCACAAUGAUCUGCCAUUCACUCCUGUUCAAAAUGCAAUUAUGGAUAUCUGGCAUUCAUUUCUUUCUCGUUCAAAUGACCAAUACACAAAUCAGCACUUGUACUUUUUAAGUAGUAAAAAAACAAUAACUUAUAUUGAUAAUCACAUUGCAACUAGUGCAAAUGUUCCUGAUUAAUAAAUGUAUUUAAAAAAUGUGAAGUGUAAAAAAGUACAAAUGCUCAUUUUUAAUAUCUGUAAUUUGUUGUUCUCUAGCGGCAAUGUUAAUUUCAGAUAUCUGGACAUUUAUUUCAGAUAUCUUGACAUUUAUUUCACAUAUCGUUAAAUUGAAGAGUAAAUAAAUUGUAAAAGGCUUACUUACUAGUUAAAAUAACAUUAUAGAUAUCUGAAAUUAACGUCGCCACUAGUGAAAACCAAAUUACAUUGACGUAUUAUUGGUUUAAUGGUUUAUUUUUAGAUAUAAAAAAUAGAGAUCAUUUUUACUAGUUGUAAUUAAAUUGUUGAUAUCUGGAAUUAUUGAUAUAUUUUUUUAUAUAUUUUAUUUUUUCUAGUAAGUACAUUUGCUGAUAUGUGAAAUAAAUAUUUCAAUUACCGUAGUAAGAAAUUAAAUUUAAUUGCAUUUUUAUCAGGCGUGAAUGGCAGAUCAUUCUCAAAUGAUACGGUACUAGUGAAAAUGCAGUUACAGAUAUAAUUAAUUACAGAUUUUACUAGUUGAAAGUCUAUUUUUUAUUUAACAAAUUGGUAUUUCUGCAAAUAAUGAUGAGUAUCAAGAAUGAACUUUUAUACUAUUAAAACCUAAUGAUAUAAAAACAUCAUUUUCACUUGUAGUAAUUGCAUUGCUGAUAUCAAGAAUUAGCAUUUUAACAAGUGAAAAUAAUUCGAUAUCUAUAAUUCGUAUCAUGCAUGCUAUUAAAUGUCAAACAGGCUCUUGAUGAUGCUGACUGUGAAAUAAACAGAGUCUGACAGUUACUUGCACCAUGUAAAUAUUUUCCAAUUCUGUCACUAUAAUUCCUGCAAUAAACAAAAACAUCAAGAUUAAUAAUUGUUACUGUCAGUUCAACUGCAGUUAUACAUGUAACGUCACUCUUUUCAAUGUUCGGCAUGUGAUGGGAUUAUUAAGUAAGGUCUCUGUGAGUGUAUGGGCAUAUACACAUGAAGUCAGAAUUAUGAUUGUUUAUUUAUAUUGUGUUAUUUUAGAUCUAAUUCAUUGCUGAAACUGGUCUGGCUUCAGCAGUGUGUUGAACAAAUAUUUCUUAUGAAAGAAAAAAUGUCAUUGUAAAAUAAAUUACACAUUUUGA